GGCCUCGUCCCCAUGGCAACGGGGGCGGGGCCUCGGGGGCCGCCGGGAGCCGCCGUGCGGGCACCCCACAGGCCGCCCCGGGGGGGUCCCUAGUGCCACCCCAGCCCCUCGGUCCCCCCAGGGCCUCCCCGCAGGGAUGGAGGGGCGCGGGGAGGAGGCACCCGAGCCGGAGGUGUCGGAGCCAUCGGAGGAGGAGGAGGAGCAGGAGGAGGCGGAGGAUGAAGGCUCCGGGGUGCGGGUGACGCCGGCGCUGCUGAAGGCGGCCACGGGCGAGUUCUCUCUGGAGUCCAUCCUGCUGCUGCGGCUGCGGGGCCGCGGCAUCGCCCACCUGGGCUGCCUGGCCGACUGCUCCAACCUCGAGUGGCUGGACCUGUCCGGCAACGCCAUCGCGGGGCUGGCGCCGCUGGCCGCGCUGCGCGCCCUGGCCGUGCUCAACCUGGCCGCCAACCGCGUGGCCAGCGUGGAGCCGCUGCGGGGCUGCCGCAGCCUGCGCCAGCUCAACCUGGCCGGCAACCGCCUGCGCAGCCUGCGCCAGCUGCGCUGCCUGCAGGGCCUGCGGCACCUGGAGAGCCUGCGCCUGCGGGACCCGCGCGGCAACCUGGGCAACCCGCUCUGCGCCGCGCCCGCCUACCGCGCCGCGCUGGCCGCCAUGCUGCCCGGCCUCAAGGCCAUCGACGGGCAGCGCGUGGCCGGCCGCGGCAGCGAGCUCUUCCGCCUGUGCCGUGAGCUGGACGCCGCGCUGGACGCCGAGGCCGCGCCGGCCGCGCCCGCCGAGCCGCCGCAGCCGUGGGUGCAGGCCGGCUUCUGGGAGCCGCGGCCGGCGCGGCGCAGCGCCGUGCUGGAGGAGGCCACGCGGCAGCUGGGCCAGGCCCUGCGCGAGUGCCGCGAGCUCGGCCGCCGCGCCGACGACUCCAUCGCACAGGCCCAGCGCGCGCUCGGCCGCCGCCACCACGGCAACUUCGGCUUCUGAGCGCGCCGGAGCUGCCGGAGACCGCGGCACGGCCGGGACCUGCACUGUCUGAGCUGUGGGACCCCAAAGAUGGGACCAGAGAAACCCCACAGCCCAAAGCCACCAUCAUCUGAGCCACCCCCAAAACGGGGCCAGGAGAACCCCCAGAGCCACGACAGCCUGAGCUGUGGGACCCCGAGACCAGGGCGGGGAUACCCCCAGAGGCAUCACGAGUGCAGCUCCUUCAUCUGAACUGCGAGACCCCAAAACCAGGUCUAGGAGACCGUCAGUGCCACCCCUGCCCAACUUUGUUUUCUUAGCCAUAGGACCCCAAAAGUGGAUCCAGGAAAGCCCCCAGAGCUCACACUGUCACCUUGAGACCCCCAGAGCCACCACAAGCCUGUCUCCAUCUUCUGAGCUGUGAGACCCCCACUCUGGAGAUAGGGUACCCCCAGACCCACCACAGCCCAUUCCAGGACUAUGGGAUCCCCCAGUGCCUCCACAGCCCGGCACAGAGAACAUCAGAGGGGCCGUGGGGAGCCCAGCCUCGGCUGUGGGACACCUUGGGGACAGGGGACAUUGUGGCAAUGUGCAUUAAACAUGUCCAACCCU